CCAAUGACGAAAAUCACAAAAUCGACGACUCACCCCCGGCACGAAUCCCCGAGCUAAUCACGAUUAAAGAAGAGCUCUGCUCGCCUCAACCCCUUUCAUCCUGUCCAACUCCAGAAGAUCUCCCCGAGCUUCCAACAAUCCAACAAAGUGUUUCUGUGACGAAUGCUUUGGCUCAACCAAUCCCCGCUGGCUCAGCCCUGUUCACUCUGAAUCAAAUGCUCCAAAACUCGCAAUCAAUCUCUUUCACAUCUCUCAAUCUUCCAUCAACAUCUAGUCUACUCUUUCAUGAUCUUCCCGUAUUUUCAGCCAGUUUAAACUCACUCGAAACCCCGAAACUACAUUUGGAUUUAACAAGGACUACGGAACUUCUCGGAACUAGCUAUGCACUCGGUUUAAACUUUGUUGAAUGUUUGAAGAAGAAUUUGGGCAGUGCAAAAUCGUAUGCGAGUGCGCUUCUGGCUUUGGAAACCACCUCAUUUGCUCAAUCGUCGUGGAUUACGCCAAGAGAGAAUCCGAUAUUGAACGAGUUGGAGACACGGAUACAAUUGGAAGCAAAUCCCCGGCCUCAAACCGCAACAAGUUCGGUGACAACUUCGCCAACAAUCCCUCUCUUACAAGCGAGUCCCUCCACCUCAAGCCCUCCUUUAAGCUCUUCCCAAGAUGCUCUUCAUUCGGAUCUCGGCUUAAACUUUAUCAAUCUUGAUGUAACGUUGAGAAAUGCUUUGAUCGACCCACUCCUUUUAUGUCAACGAAUCCCGAUGACUUGGGAUUCUCUACAAACAGCUCCAGAUAUUAACACUGCUUUUCGAUAUAUCUAUUGUCGACAAACUGUUCAUUAUAUUGAUUGGCUUUCAUCAUUAGGAGAUGUUCAUUUAUUGGAUCAACGAGAUAAACUAAUGCUGAUCAGUGCUGGUUUAUCUCACGUUCAACUGUUGAUGAUGUUUUAUCACACUUAUCGAACAGGCAGCUCUGGUAUUGCUUAUUCUCUCGGAUAUCACUAUUCAAUUAAAGGUCAAGGCGCCGGGACAGAAUUCGAAAACUUUCUUGAUGCGUUAGCAAAAUAUGGUCACGAUAUGACGAUCACGCUGUAUUCUUGUUCAAUGCGUCUCACCGAUUCCGGCAUGGAAGUCGUACGAAGGGCAAGACAAAAGCAUGAACAGAUCUUGGUCGAAUAUAUGAAAGAAGAAUAUUCGGGUUGGACCGAUGAACAGAGAUCGGUUCGAGUUCACAGCAUUUUGGCCCUCAAAAACUAUUUGAGGAAUAUGGCCCUAAUGGACAAUUCUUAUCUCGGAAGAAUGGUGGCUUUGAAUCAAUGUCAAAUGAGAUGCCAGAUAGCAUACGAUGUACAUUUGAAGGAAUUU